AUGACGCAGAUAUCCACAGCGCGAGUCCUAUUCUCAUGGUUGCUGUUGGUCUUGGAAGCUGUACAGGGAAUGAGUGCAAAUCUUACCUCUUGGCGACAUCAUCGCAGACAAAAACGUUUUCUUAUCUAUCAGAAUGGAGGAGUUGUUAAGUUGGUAACUGGUUGUGCAUUUCCUGUGGAUUUUCAAGAGAAAAAAGCCUGGCGUCAAUUGGUAUGGCUUAUGAAUUUUCAUUAUCAAUUCAAUGAGCCGCAGACACCUAUAUAUUGGUGGAAUCUCUGGAAUAGUAGCAAUAGUGCACGUAAUUUAAAAAAAUCAAAAAUCAUACCAACUGCUCCCAAGAACUCUCAAGUGGUAGAUGAACCACAAUUAUUACUAUAUAAAUUUGCUGAAUCCUAUAUGAAUCAAAUUGGACAGAAUGGAACUGCUUGUUUAGAGCGUCUUAUCUGUGAGAAUGGUCAAGUUCAUGAGCAUACUGGACUCUAUGCCCAAUUGUUGCAUAGAUUAUUAAGACCCCACAAAUCGCUGGAUGCUCGAUUUGUGGAUGCCUAUCAGAUGGGCAGACAUGGAGUGAAUUGUCGUCAAGCUUUUCCCGAGGCCUCUUAUUGUCUUUUGGAUGAUUAUGUUCAUGUAUAUGAACGCGGUUUAACGCAAAGUUUUGUUUAA